UGAUGAUCAGUGCCCUGAUGAUCGGUGCCCAGCAGUGCCACCUACCAGUUCCACCCACCUGUGCCCAGCAGUGCGCCCUUCUGUGCCCAGCAGUGCACCCUCCUGUGCCCAGCAGUGCACCCUCCUGUGCCACCCAGCAGUGCCACACACCUGUGCUCAGAAGUGCCACCUACCUGUGCCCAGCAGUUCCACCCACCAGUGCCACCCACCUGUGCCCACCAGUGUCACCCACCUGUGCCCAUCAGUGCAGCCCAUCAGUGCCCAGCAGUGAUGCCAGUCAGUGCCACCUAUCAGUGCUGUCUAUCAGUGCCACUUAUCAAUGCCACCUAUCCGUGACACCUCAUUAGUGCUGCCUAUCAGUGCCGCCUAUCCGUG